GUAAAGUAUCGAUUUUGACGUUUUAGGUGACUUCGUGCGUUUUUACCUUCCGUAUAGAAAUUUUCUCGCGUUCUUUCGUGGUGGUGGAAAGCUAAACUUAUAACAUUUCAUCAACCAAAUUCUUCAACAGUUCAUUUAAUUACUAGCGUUAUUGCUUCUAAGCUACACUCAAGCAUUCUGUGAUAUAAUUUCGUUGCAAUGCCCAGAGGAAAGUACGUAAAUCACAAAGGACGCAAUCGUCACUUUACCAGUCCUGAAGAGUUGGAAGCUGAACGUAAAAAUGAGGAGCUGAAAAAAAAGUGGAGAGAAACUCACCAAGAAUCGUCCGAAGAAGAAGCAGGAAGUGAGAAGGAAAGCAACGAUUCCGAAGAGGAAUCUGAGGAGGAAGACAAUAAAGGAGCCAGUUCGUUGAUUGAAAUCCAGAAUCCCAACCGUGUGCAGAAGAAAGCCUUCGUGAAAGCUGCAGAUGUGGAUGAAGAUGAUAAACCCCAACUGACUCGCCGUGAGCGUGAGCAGAUAGACAAACAGAAGGCGCACGCAGCGUAUAUGAAGCGACAUGCUGAAGGAAAAACGUCACAAGCUAAAGCAGAUCUUGCACGACUGGCUAUCAUAAAACAGCACCGAGCAGAAGCGGCCGCUCGUCGUGAUGCGGAAAAGAAAGCUAAAGAUGCAAAGGGCGGUUCGUAGGGUUCUCAAGUGGUCCAGAUUAGAUGCCGAAGCGUUUGUUUUGGUGAUACGAUAUAUAUCUUCUUUAUGCACGUCAUUUCGACAAGUUUUAUAUAACAUUAUAUAAGGUAUCGUCUAUACAAACGUUUAGUCUUCCAUAAACGUCAUGGUAUCCGGGUAAGAAUUUUGGAUUUUUUCCAGGCUACAUUUUCAAAAGAAACAUUUGUGUAAGUUCACUCGAAAGAAUUCAACGAAUCUUGACGGAUCGAUGUGACGUUGGCGAAGACAAGCGUACCGUGUAAACGGUACUUUAUUUAGAAAGAUUAUGCCAAUUUUGUAAGCAAGAGAGAUGCAUGUUUCCCGCGAUAUACUGAAUUUAAUCGCGGUAAUCUGCCAGAUUGACGUUCGAAUUUCCUACGCAAUUUGUUAGGUACAAUAUUAAGUCGCAUAUGAUUGAUCACAGAAUUGGUAGUAGAGAAUAAUAAAAAUUAGAAAUAUUACAACCCAAAAA